UUUGCUAAUUACCUGUAAAAAUUAACCCGUUCUUGGUCGCCGAGCCAAUUAAGGAACACCUACUUAUUGAGAGUAGAAACAUAAAGUGUUAACACUAGUGCAAAUGUUAGUUUAGUUUGUGGUAGUGAAAAAAGCAGCGAAUUAAUAUACGAGAGUUGGCAUAGAAGGAUGUCGUCAAGCGACCAAAUCACCGGAGCCAGCCACCUCCUUUUUUUGAGAUGCUAACUUCAGUGCUACAAAACAACAAAUAAAAAAAAAAAAUUUUUUUUUGUACACUCUGAGAUACUAUUGACAAUAUAUUAGAAAAUGAAACUGAUUGAAUUUUAUUUUUUACAAAUAAAUUAUUCCCAAAAAGACCAAGUUACCAGAGUACUACCUUAAUAUUUAAUCAAAACAGUUAAGUAAAUAUAUUUUUUUUAUUUACUUGAACACGCAAAAUAUAAAUUAGUUGCGAAUAUUUUUGCAUAAAUUUAAUGCUAUUGAAAUAUCGAUCACGGAAGAUGGUUUCACAUCAAUUUUCAGGUAGUUAGGUAGUUCCUGUGGUAAUGCCAAUACGAAUUCAGCUUCGAAAAUUCUUAAAGAAUUACUCUUUAAAUAUGCCAUACUUCUUUUGACCGAAAAUUUUCUUAUACAUUUUGAACAUGUUUUCCUCUCCGAGCUGUUGGGAUUAUAUGUGAGAAGUAGAAAGUUUUGAUUGUAAUUGUCCAAUAUUUUGGAAUCACAUUUACAAAUUCUAUAUGUCCGAGUUAUAACCAAGCCCACUUUCAUAGAACGGUAUUUAUCAAAACUAGUAAACUUACGACAGAUCACAAACGAAAAACUCCGGGUACAUAUGUACAAAUGUAAUGUCAGGUAGGUCAGUUACAUAUGACUAUUUGUUUUCGUGAAUUUUCUAAUUCGGUAAAAAAAUAGAUUAGAUCGGUUCAUAUUAUACGAAAUAUAGUUGAAUGAAAUCUAUAUAUCGAAUGCACUUACACAAAAUAAAAAAUAAAUUAUUAUUAUAAACAAAAUAAAUAAUACAGCAGCAAAAUACAUACAAAUAUGAGCUUAAAUAAAGGUGUAUAGACACGUACCCAACACGUCUGAUAAUGAAAACAAUUAUACAGUUCUCCGUGUGUGAGAUAUUACUUAGUUCUAAUCUUUAAUUUAGACAUGCUAGUUUAUUCGUAUUUAUUUAUAACUUUGAUAUGCCUUAUCAUAAGAGGCCAAAAUGCAUGUUUGACAACAUUGCUAACAGACUCGUGGAGCGGAUUCGGGGGAUGCGAGUGACAGGCGAAACGUCAAAGCUUUGAGCAAGCCGCAUUGACUGCUACUGCGGCAAGAGCAACACAGUAUUUAUAGACCCACUUCCACCACAAAAUACGUCAAACGCAUAACAAGAGUCUAACUAUAAAGACCGGCAGCUAAUAUAUAGUACAAAGCGUAUUAUAACUGACAACGUUAAUUGCAUUCAAGCUUUCAAAUUAUUCCAAAUAAUGGCAAGCAAAGGCAAAGUGGGAAUUGUGGGCAGCGGCCUUAUUGGACGUUCGUGGUCCAUGUUAUUCGCCUCCGUUGGCUACUCAGUGGUGCUAUACGAUAGUGUACCAACUCAAAUUGAAAAUGCUUUGAAGGAAACGGAAAAGGAGCUCAAAAGCUUGGAAGCUAAAGGCUUGCUACGUGGUAAACUGACUGCCAGUCAGCAGUUCGCACUUAUUUCGGGCACAACUGAUAUUAAAGUAUUGGUUAAAGGAGCUAUAUUCAUACAAGAAUGUAUACCAGAACGUUUGGAUUGGAAGCAGGCACUUUACAAACAAUUGGAUCAAGUUGUUGAAGAGCAAACAAUACUCUCCAGUUCGACAAGUACUUUCUUGCCAUCGUUAUUUUCGAAAGACUUGAAACACAAGUCGAAUAUAAUCGUCUCACAUCCCGUCAAUCCACCAUACUAUGUUCCUCUGGUAGAAAUUGUACCCGCUCCUUGGACAAAUCCAGAGGUAGUGAAAAAGACGCGCGCCAUCAUGGAGGAAAUUGGCCAGAAGCCCGUAGUUUUGAGUCGUGAAAUCGAAGGUUUCGUACUCAAUCGCAUUCAGUAUGCCAUAUUGAAUGAGACUUGGCGUUUAGUCGACAGCGGCAUUGUCGACGUUAAGGAUGUGGAUAGUGUAAUGUCCGACGGUUUGGGCAUGCGUUAUGCUUUCUUGGGACCACUUGAAACAGCACAUUUAAAUGCCGAGGGUAUGACCAAUUACUUCGAACGCUAUUCGAAUACCAUGUAUGCAGUUAGUCAAACUAUGGGACCAACACCGAAAAUGGAAGGCCCAACAGCAGUGGAGAUCGCAAAGCAAUUAGAAGUUAUGGUACCGUUAGACAAGUUGGCUGAACGACGAAACUAUCGUGAUAAUUGUUUAACACAGUUGAGCAUUUUGAAGAGAAAACUGAAUGAAUAAAAUGUCGUGGUGACCGUACUAUAAGAAUUUGAAUAAAAUGUUAAUAUAUCUGUUGAAUUUAUACGUCUUUUUAAUAACGUCGAUUACAUUUAUUUGAAUUAUAAACUCAUUUAACAACUUUUUUUUUAAAUUCAAUUGUAAUGCAUAUAUAUGUAUGUAUAUAUAAAACUAAUAUAGUAGCUUACAAAAAACGUUAUUUACUUAUCAUGUUUGUAUGUAUGGUAUUUGUUGUAUAUCAUGAGCUUUUUUAAUCAACAUUUAUUAUUCUUAAAAUGGGAGCUUCUUUAAGUGAUAUUCUACGCUCCAUCCUCUUACUGAGGCAUAAAUCAUUUACUUAUAUUGCAAUGUAAAUAAAUACUUAAAUGCUAACGAAAGAA